GUUCUCCAGAAACUCAAACGGAACCACCGGUCGGCCGGAGCGGAACGGGAUAUUUAAAUUAAAAAAAUAAAUAAAUAAAAAAAAUUUUUUUUUUUUGUUGAGGAGAGUGGAAGGGACCGGUAAACAAAUAACAAAAGUUAAUUAAAAGGAGGAAAUAAUUUCUUAUUCGCCAUGUUUGCUUUGAUAUUAUCGUGCGCGAUAAUCGCGGCCAGUCAGGCGGAAUAUCUCGGCUAUGGAAAUCAAGGUCCCGUUCAGCAGCAAUUCGCGCCACCAGCACCUGUGGGUCACGACGGUAAUGUCAUCGAUACACCGGAAGUGCAACAAGCGAAGGCAGCGCAUUUUGCCGAAUUUGCACGUGCCGCAGCGCGAGCAGUUGAUGACAAACAACAACAACAGCAACAAGAGCAAAUUGGUUAUUCACCAGAGGCACAUCGUGCUCCUCAAUAUUCACAAUACGCGCACCAAUCAGCACAGCCAGUGUAUGCGCGUCAAUCAUAUCCCACUCAACCCCUCUAUCAUGCUGGAGCCAAUCCCGUAGCGGCACCAUCAGCUGCCGCCUAUCCUCAACAAUAUGACUCGCGCGCCAAUUAUGUUGCAUCGGCGCCAAGAAAUUAUGCGCCAGCAUCGUCAAAAAUUCAAUUUGCACCAGCGCCACUCGCCGAGGAUGGUACUGUCAUUGAUACACCGGAAGUUGCCGCUUUGAAGGCAGCGAGACUUCAGGAACUCGCUGAAGCUGAGGCACGCGCUUACAAGUACAAUGGACCGGAUGAGUACUCCGACGAUGGACAAGCUUACAAUGGACAGAAAGGUAUUUCAAGUCCGUUGAAUUAUGGAGCAGCUUCACCGUACGCAGCAUCCGCUCCAGGUCAUUUUGGUGCUUCCGGUCCAGUUCCCCGUGUUUAUCCGGGACCAACAGCUUAUCAGGGUUUCGCAGCUGCACCUUAUGGAAAAUCCUUCCAACCAUCAGCCUUUCAACCUCAAAGUUUUCAAUCUCAACAACAACACGCUUAUUAGGAGUUUAAUCUCUCGUUAAAAAAUAAAUAAAAAAAAAAAAAAAAAAAAAAAAAUCUCCGUGAAUACCCUGUACAUAAUUUAGGCCAAUAAAUUCUUUUUUUACAAAUCAA